UUCGUUGCUUCAACCAUGGCGAUGUGGUGUCCGCGGGUGUUUCUUCUUCCUUCGACCAUCGUCGUCUUCCUCUUCUUUGUCUCUCAGAUCCUCGUUCAGUCCACUCACGCUUCCGCGGAGGGGUUCACUCGACCCCCUCCCGGGAACAUCAUAUUCUCUGAGCACGAGCGGUCCAAAUCGGAGCCUCAACAGGUGCAUAUUUCGCUCGCCGGAAGCGAUCACAUGAGAGUGACAUGGGUUACGGAGGACCACAAGGCGCAAUCGACUGUGGAGUACGACACGGCUCCAGGACAAUACACCACCAGGAUAAGAGGAGAGCAUACUUCCUAUACGUACUUCUCCUACUCCUCCGGCAAAAUCCACCACGUCAAGAUCGGGCCGCUGGAGCCGGCCACAACUUAUUACUACCGCUGCGGUGCAUCCGGCCCGGAGUUCUCCUUCAAGACGCCGCCUUCCACCUUCCCCAUCGAAUUCGCUGUGGUUGGUGACCUAGGGCAAACAGACUGGACCAAAUCGACCCUAGAGCAUGUCGAGAGCAAGGACUAUGAUGUCUUCCUACUGCCGGGUGAUCUCUCGUAUGCCGACAGCCAGCAGCCACUUUGGGACUCCUUUGGCCGCCUGGUUGAGCCAAUUGCAAGCCGCCGGCCAUGGAUGGUCACCGAGGGCAACCAUGAGAUUGAGAUACACCCCGUCGUCUUUCCCCAAGGGUUCAAGGCUUACAACACCCGUUGGCUCAUGCCUUACGAGGAAAGCGGGUCUGAAUCAAACCUCUAUUACUCAUUUGAUGUCGCCGGUGGCAGCAUCCACAUCAUCAUGCUGGGGUCAUACACCGAGUUCGACUCUGACUCAGCUCAGUACAAGUGGCUUCAACAGGACCUAGCGAAGAUUGAUCGGAAGAUGACCCCGUGGGUGUUUGUGCUAUUGCACGCGCCGUGGUACAACACGAAUAUGGCCCAUCAAGGGGAAGGCGAGAGCAUGAGGAAGGCGAUGGAGGAAUUGUUGUAUGGCGCACGGGUUGACAUCGUCUUUGCCGGGCAUGUUCAUGCCUACGAAAGAUUUACGAGGAUUUACGACAAUGAGGCUGACUCGUGUGGACCUGUCUAUGUAACCAUUGGAGAUGGAGGGAACAGAGAAGGUCUUGCAAUGUCGUACAAGGAACCAGCUUCGCCUCUAUCGAUGUUCAGGGAGGCGAGCUUCGGACACGGGAGGCUGAGGGUACUCAACCAUACACAUAUGCACUGGUCGUGGCACCGCAAUGACGAUGCCAACUCUGUUGUCGCCGACGAGGUUUGGCUAGAGAGCUUGAGCGCCUCAGGUACAUGCAUGGGUCAACCAACAUCUUCACUUAAGGAUGAACUUUGAGCACAAACGAAGCCGCGGUAUAGAUCCUUAGGUCCAGCAUCGGUCAAAUUGCAUGAUUGGUGAUUGUGGGUUGAUAUGUUGAAAGGGUCCUAGAAAUUUAGCCAAAUUGCCUGUUUGGCAAUCUUUAAUUUCCCCUUUGAAUUCCUUCUUAGAUACAGUUUCUUGUAACUAGAUGGGAUUUUUAGCCUUUGUUAACGAUGCAAAUAAUUCCUCGAAAGCAAUUGGUUGGGUUU